CUGUACAACUCUUAGCUAAGCUAAUGCAUCGAGUGAAUCAACAAUUGCAAAUAAAUAAAGAAAAUGUUUUCGCUUGGUCGGAUUCAACUAUAGCUUUGUCUUAGAUUAAAAGUGAGCCUAGAAAUUAGAAAACUUUCGUGGCAAACCGAGUAAGUGAGAUUCAGACUUAUCUUCCUUCAUAACACUGGAAGCACGUUAAAUCCAAAGAUAAUCCUGCAGACUAUGCGUCACGUGGGCUUAAAUAUCAGUUUUGAUGCAAAAUAUCCACUACUGUUACAAAAAUCAUCGUGCAAUAUUUUCACAAGUUGCUGCUUCAUCCGAGCAUUAAUCUCUUGAUAGCUGAAAUUCGACAACUGUUCUGGAUCCAAAUACUCGAACUUCAGUAAAGAGGUAUACUGAAGACUGUAUGGCUUAUUUUCGAAAUCGAGCUUCGGAAGAAAGUCAACAAAUGGGUGUCCUUCCACAAUAUCGUGUUCAGCAACUGCGACCUUUUUCAAAGGUUGGAAUAGAUUACGCAGGACCAUUUCCUAUUAAGGUGUCACAUGGAAGAAGAACAAAACACUGGAAAUCAUAUUUAGCGUUAUUUAUCUGCAUGGCUACAAAAGCAGUACAUCUUGAGGUUGUAAGUGAUUUGACAACUGCAGCUUUUAUAGCAGCUUUGAGAAGGUUUACUUCAAGAAGAGAUAAGCCCACUGAUAUAUUUAGUGACAAUGGCACAAACUUUGUCGGUGCUAACAAUGAGCUUCGGGAGUUACUGCAAUUUUUGAAUAAAGACAGUACUAAACAGGAAGUUAUUUCAACUAGUUGUAAUCAAGAUAUAAACUGGCACUUUAUUCCUCCUCAUUCCCCACAUUUUGGCGAAUUAUGGGAAUCAAAUAUCAAAUUUGCUAAGAAGCAUAUGAGAAGAAUCAUGGGCAACCAAAUUCUCACUUAUGAAGAAUUAACCACUGUAUUUUAUCAAAUUGAAGCUUGUUUGAAUUCGCAACCUCUGACACCAAUCAGUGAAGAUCAAAAUGAACUAUAAGCAUUAACUUUAGCGCACUUCCUUCUUGGGAAAGCCUUAACUUUUUUACCAGAACCUGAUCUUCGGCAUAUUAAGCUGAAUCGAGUAUCGCGAUGGCAGUUACUCCAGCGCAUAGUGCAAGACAUUUGGAAACGUUGGCAUUUGGAGUACCUGAGCCAACUACA